GAUAGCUUUUAUUGUAGACUUGAGGGCACAUACUUGCACUUGUAAUCUGUGGGAGUUGGUAGGAAUACCAUGCAAGCAUGCUGUUGCAUGCAUAUCAUACAAUUGUCUAAACCCACUGUCUUUUGUGCAUGAUUACUACAAAAGAGCAGCAUAUGAAGCAACCUAUGGUCAUGAGACCAGUCCUAUUAAUGGCCAUAAAAUGUGGGAACCUACCAAUGACCCUGACAUACUACCACCACUGUUUAAAAGGAGGCAUGGAAGGCCUAAGAAACUGAGAAGAAGAGACCCUUAUGAAGAUACAAAGCAGGAACAUCUAAACAAAGGAGUUGCAAGACAUAUGUGCAGCAGAUGUGGCCAGCAUGGCCAUAACAGAAGGAGGUGCAGUCUUCCUCCACCUGUAGAUGAAGAACCAGAAAGUUCUCAAGCACCAAAUGAAAGUCAGGUUAUCAAUGAAACUCAAGCACAAAAUGAAGUGCCCACUGAUGGGGGAACCUCUCAAGCUGCAUCUCAGGCUGGGCCAUCUCAGGCUGGGUCAUCUGAGGCUGGGCCGUCUCAGCCACGUCCAGUUGUUAGGCGCAAGUGCAGCAGAUGUAAGCACGUUGGUCAUAAUUCAAGGAGAUGCAAUCUUCCUGUCAUAAUAGAAGACCCAAAUACAACUCAAGCUGCUAGUUCUCAAGUUGUUGAUGUAAGUAUACUUGACAGAUCUACCUUCAAAUACAACAAAUCAUGAAUCUGAAUUAAUUUCUGAAAUUGCACAGGUUGGAGGGUCCUCUCAAGCUGUGCUAUCUCAGGUUGGAGCUCGAGGACCAACUCAGGUUGGAGAGUCCUCUCAAGCUGUGCUAUAUCAGGUUGGAGCUGGAGGACCAACUCAGGAAGAAGGUGUGGGAAAUCUGCCAUCAUCUGGAGCUGCAUCUCAGGUUCAUGGUGGGGAAGAUCUGGCAGCAUCUGGAGUUGAAGUAGCUGCAUCUGGAGUUGUUUGAUGAGAAAUGAAUGAUGUAGUUAGGGUUAAUUAUUGUGUUGUUGUUUUUUUAUAGCACAUGGGUGCUCAUUUUGAUAUACUUUGGAUAGCACAUGUGUGCUCAUUUUGGUAUACUAUGGACACCAUAUGGGUGAGUUUUCUGAUGUA